CAUGUAUACCAAAUUAGCGGUGACAGUUCCACUUCCUUAUUUUUGCAGUACCAGGAACUUACCAGGCUUUAAUAAUGAAAAUCACAGUACAUGUGCACUGUGAGCAAGUUUCAAAAUUGACUUCAGAAUAGCAAGAUCUGGGCAAGCGUUUUCCAAAGAGGAGUGUGUAAAAGACUGCACAUUGAUGCUGCAGAACUUUUGUAUCCCAUGAACAUUAGCAGGUUUCAAGAAAUUGGUCUCUCCAAGCAAACAGUACCACAAUGUUUAAGUGUUAUGGUUGGUGAUGUGCACAGGUAGUUAAUAAAUAAGUCUAAGGACUUUGUUGCUUUCUCUGUUGUGCUGGAUGAAGCAACAGAUCCUAAAGAUACAGCUUAGGCAGUGGUAUACAUAUGAGGUGUCGAUAACAUUCUGUGUAACAGCAUGUAGCAGAUGACAUUUUAGACUUAGUGCCUAUGAAGGGGACUACAACAGUUGUAGAGUUACUCCAAGCUGUCAAGCAAGCAUUUGAUGGUUUUAGUAUAGACUGGAAUUGGCUAAUCUCAUUGACCAUGGAUGGAACACUGGCAGUCAAGGCCAUCAGAAAGAACUUACAGCUGAUGUGCAAAAAGCUAGCACACACAGAAGAAACGUUAUAUGGAACUCAGUGCAUUAUACAUUAAGAGGCGCUUUGUGCAAAAUCAGUAAUCUCAGAAAAUGUCAUGCAAAUUAUUGUGCACACUCAAAACACAUGGGCUUACGCAUCACCUGUUUCGGCAGUUCUUGGAGGAAUUAGGAGAGGAGUAUGGGACAUACCUUACUGUACUGCAGUACACUGGCUCAGUUGAGAAUGUAGCAGACAUAAAGAAGCUUAAAUCUUCUGGAAUAUGCACAAUAAAGGGGAUUCAGAUGUGCACUCGCAAAAAAUUAUGUGGCAUUAAAGGUUUCUCUGAGGCUAAAGUUGACAAAAUCAAAGAAGCAUGUUGUAAGAUUGGCACAGGGAUGGGGUUUCUGACAGCAUUAGAAGUUAGUGAUAGGCGAAAAUAUGUUUUUCGAGUAAGCACAGGAAGCCAGGAAUUAGAUAAACUUUUAGGCGGAGGUGUAGAAUCCAUGGCAAUUACAGAAGCAUUUGGAGAAUUUCGAACUGGUAAAACACAGUUAUGCCACACAUUAUGUGUGUCUGCACAAAUGCCAGGUGCAAAUGGUUAUUGUGGUGGCAAAGUGAUUUUCAUUGAUACAGAGCAUACCUUUAGACCUGAUCGUCUUCGACCAAUUGCUGAUCGGUUUAAUUUGGACCAAAAUGCAGUCCUUGAUAACAUUUUAUAUGCUCGAGCUUAUACAAGUGAACAUCAGUAUGAACUAAUGGAUUAUGUUGCUGCAAAGUUUCAUGAAGAACCUGGAGUCUUCAAAUUACUUGUAGUGGACUCUAUUAUGGCACUGUUCCGAGUAGAUUUUAGUGGACGAGGUGAACUAGCUGAUCGUCAACAAAAGUUGGCUCAAAUGCUUUCUCGUUUACAAAAAAUUUCAGAAGAAUACAAUGUUGCGGUCUUCAUUACAAAUCAAAUGACAUCUGAUCCAGGAGCUGCACUUACAUUCCAGGCAGAUCCAAAGAAACCCAUAGGAGGAAACAUAUUAGCCCAUGCUUCAACAACUAGGUUGGCCCUACGGAAAGGCAGGGGUGAAACAAGGAUUGCCAAGAUUUAUGACAGUCCUGAACUUCCUGAGAAUGAAGCUACUUUUGCAAUAACAUCAGGUGGAAUUAUAGAUGCAAAAGAUUAAGUGAGCAUAACUGGAUUGAACCUGAUUAGAGUUUUGUAAGAAUAACUGUGUAUUAUCAUUGAUUGUUCAGUAGGAAGAUAGGAUAUGUAACUGAGGGCUAUUAAUGAUCAUAAUAUGUUCUCUACAUACUCCUAAAUAAAUCAAAUGCAUAUUAAAAUAUGUUGUUUAAGAGUUGCCUACUGCUAAAUUUGUAUAUAUUUAAUUCCUCAAUAUUCUCUAGUAC